AUUUUGAUUUAUUGAUUUAUUUAUAGUUUAUGUUCAAGGAGUGAUGUAGGAAAAGGAAAAAGGAAAAAAAGGGAGAGAGCGAUUAGAUUAGAUUAGAUUUGGUGCGGUGUUGUUGUCGUUGUUCAUUGAUUUGAAGAAGAGAAAGAGAAGAAAAGAGAGAGUGAAAAUGGAAGAAUCAAGAGAAGAGAAGAUAGAAGAAUCAGUGGCUAGCGUAUUGGAAGAGGCAAAAGAGCUUCAAGAUUCUGUUUCCUCUCACAUUUCAAACACAUUAAGUGAUGAACAACCACUUCGACAACGAGCCGUUAUUCUCGACUCAAAAAUACAUUCACUUCGUUCCUCUCUCGAUUCUCUCCUCUCCAAUAAACUCAUUAAUCCCUCCUUAGCCGAUAAGUUGGAUGAAGAUUUACAAAGAGCGAGAUGUAUCAUCGUUGAUGGCGAUGCUUCUUCACUCCUUCCAGGACAUGCGCAAGGUAGGUUUCUGAGGAUGUUUCUUGGUCCUAUUAAUGUUCGUGCCUCUCGUAAGGAUGUUCAGCUAAAGGUCAAAGAGGAAUACAACAGUUACAGGGAUAGAACUGCUCUGCUAUUCCUGCUUUUUCCAGCAGCGCUUCUCAUUCUACGAUCUUGGGUUUGGGAUGGAUGCUUGCCAGCUUUUCCUGUGCAGAUGUACCAGGCCUGGCUUCUAUUUCUUUACACUGGUUUAGCAUUGCGAGAGAACAUAUUGAGAGUAAAUGGAAGUGAUAUUCGCCCAUGGUGGAUAUAUCAUCAUUAUUGUGCCAUGAUAAUGGCCCUUGUGAGUCUCACUUGGGAAAUAAAAGGACAACCAGACUGCGCAAAAAAGCAGAGAGGUGUACAACUUUUCCUGCAGUGGGCUAUGAUGCAAGGAGUUGCAAUGCUUUUGCAAAAUAGAUAUCAACGUCAAAGACUUUAUACCCGCAUUGCAUUGGGAAAGGCUAAGAGGAUGGAUGUUGUAUGGGGGGAAACAGCUGGUGUGGAUGGCCAACUGUGGUUGCUAUGUCCCAUACUUUUCAUAUUGCAGGGAUUUGAAGCUUAUGUUGGACAAUCAUUGCUCAGGACUGCAUUUGUCGGGGUGGUUUCUGAAUGGCAGGUGAUAGUUUGUGGUCUCCUUUUGGUCGUUAUGGCCAUUGGGAACUUUGAAAAUACAGUACAGACUCUGAUGGUAAAGUCAAGAUUUAAGGCAAAGAUGAGAAAAAGCAAGAGCAAGCAGAGACUGAAUUAGCAAGUUGUGACUUCUGGAGCUUUUGCUAGGAUCAGGUUUUUUUGCACUCUUUUAAGUUUUGACCACUGUGCAUUCCUAGUGACAAUUUUGGCUUUGUUGUAGCAUCAAACAUUUAAUGCGUCAGAAAGCAAAUUUGUUGGAUUGGAUAUUUAUAAGUAUAGUAUUGUCUUUCAACUUCUUUUGUCCACUUUUUGGGUCGCCAUACUUGUUCCCUGUUGUGUGGCAGGUUGAUGAUUGAAUCUUCUGAUUACCUCCAUUGUUACAAAUAUCGAGAAUAACCGAGGGUUUAAACUAUAGAUGGCAUGUUUGUUGUUUACCCAAGUUUGGGUGCUACCGUACAUUUGGCUGUGUCUAAUAUGCAGUUUGCAAUUGAAAGAGUCGUGCUCAUUGAUAUUA